UCCUUCGCCUUCUCACCACUCACGACUUUCCCACGAUGCGAACGCUCCUCACCUUGGCGACGAUACCUUUUCCAGCAUUAUAGACAGCAUCGCUAUGCGCGCCGUUUCUCUCGCCGCUUGAAUUCAUCGUAUAUGAUUUUGCGCGCCCGCUAAUUAGACACAAUGGACGAUCUUGCAAGGGCCGAAUACCCUGCCAUGCUGGCACACCUUCAGCCCAUGCAGGCCGUGAACGUCCUUAACGAUCGUGUGAAGAGAAUAAACAAGAUCAACACCGAGAUCGCAGACUGGCUGCAGGAACGCCGCCGUGUCGAGGACCAAUAUGUCCAGAGCCUGAAGAGGCUUCUCACCUUCAAAGUCCCCAACAGCCAAUCUGAGCUUGGCGUCUUCACAGGCCCCUGGGACAAGAUCCUCCAAUCUGUCGAUGCGACCGCCCACUCCCACCACGUUUUCUCGAGCCAACUUGAAAAAGAUGUCGAGACCCCCCUUCGCAACUUCCAGGCUCGCAAGGAGAUGCAGAACAUGCAGACCAUCUCGGCCAACCUGACCGCCAUGGCCCGAGACCUUGAGGAUGCUCAGAAGAAGGCCGAUGCUCUGACCCGUAAAGGCCCCAAGACGAACACCCAGAAGAUGGCGGAUGCCACGGCAAGACUCGAGUCCGCCACACAGCAGUGGGAUUCCCAGGCUCCCUUCAUCUUCGAGACCCUGCAGGCCAUCGACGAGCAGCGCGUCAACCAGCUGCGCGAUCUGCUUACGCAGUACGAAACCCACGAGAGCGACCAGGCACAACGAAACCAGUCCCGCGCUGCCGACACCUUGGCCUCCAUGUUGGAGAUCAGCACCGAGCAGGAAAUCGCGAGCUUCAAGGAGAGGGUGCUUUCGGGAAAGCCACGCCUGGAGAAGAGGGCCACGGCAUCCAGGCAAUCCUCCAAUGUACCGACAAGCCAGACGUUGGCUCCGCCUCCGCCUCCGCCUAGCAGCCUGGGUCAACGCGACGACGAUGCUAGCGACCACUCUGGUCUUGCCGAUGGAAAGAGCGAAUCAAAGUUGCGGAGCCGGAUCGGUACCAUGCUUGGCCGCCGCCGGCAGAGCGUUCACGGCGGGUUCGGCCAGAUUUCCCCCGGAAAGGGUGGCGCUCCAUCCUUCGGCCGGGGUCUUAGCAGCAGUCAUAGCAGCACUCAUGUUCGUCCCGGCCUGUCUCCGAGGGCUUCGUCCAAUAACCUGGCCGAGGCCCACAACCGAUUGUCUGCUCUCGCAGAGACGCCCGACUCUCCUAGACCGCCCCAGUCCUCUGGCACCGACAGGCCUCUUCACGAAGGUACGAACGGAUUUGGAGAAAGCCUCUCAGAUGCGAAUCGCCUGGGCUCAUCCGCUGGCCCUGUCAAUGGGACCCACGGUGCCGAUCCGUUGGAGGUUGCCCCUCCCCCCGGCCCGCCCCCGUCGCAGGGUAAAGACGCCGAGAGUAAGGAUGCCGAGGGCUUCACAAUCCGGCCUCCUGACAACGACCCCAUCUCUCAGGCCCAGCGCGAGGCCGCCGAGGAGAACGAGCAAAUGUUCAAGCUCAACAUCGCUAGCUCGCCUAUCGCCGAGGAAGACGCCGACGCGAAACAGGCUGCCAUGUCGAAUGUCGCCAACACCCUGACGCAGAUGGCCGCCCCAUCACGCAAGCUGGGAACCGUGCGAGGGCGGAGGGACGUCAGGAACACCAUCUACGUGCCGCCUCCCAACAUGCCCGAGCCUGAGCUCACCACGGAGAACCCGUUCCCAACUUCGCCAUCACUUCCUAGCCAGUCGUCCAAGCCCACCACUGUGGCUGCCCUUACUUCCGAAGCAAGCAUCGCCGCCACGUCAGAUACGCAGUCCAUCCGCUCUGCCAACUCACUCGUGAGCCUGGCCCACUUGAAGCAUCCUGAGAUGCACGAGCCUGGUCUCAAUGCAUCCGUCAUCGAGACAGUGUCGGCGACCUUUGAGGACGGAACAGUCACAAGUGCCAAGGUCCAUGGUGAGAUUGCCUUUGCCUAUCAGGCAGCAGGCGAUUCCAGACCGGACCGCGAGACCAUCAGAAUCAACAAUUUCUCCAAUCUAGAAGUCAUUGGGCCGAACCGCAUCUUUGUCCAGAACUCGGGCAAAUCCGACGAGUUCAACCUGGACCUAUCCCAUCUGAACAAGACGGCGACAGCCUUCACUUACAGAGUGCACACUGGCGACGCUCAAGGCGCUGGCCUGGCGGCACAAGUCCCGCUUCUGCUCCGCCCGGCUUGGAAGCCUCAGGGCGACAAGCUCGGGCUCUUGCUGCAGUACUCUCUCAACCCCGCAAGCAAUCUGACGGCACCCGUGACGCUGCACAACGUUGUCUUUGUCGCCACAUACGAGGGCGCGAAGGCUUCGGGUGCGCAGACGAAGCCAACAGGAACGCACCUCAAGGACAAGCACUUAGUGUACUGGCGCCUCGGCGACUUGACCCUCACUGCCGAGACGCAGAAGAUCGUCUGUCGCAUCAUCGGCGCUGAGAACGCCGAGCCCAAGCCUGGACACAUCGAGGCUCGAUGGGAGAUGACGCCCGAGAACCUCGGCAGCGGCAUUUCCAUCUCGAGGCUCGAGGAGACCAAGGGCAAGGGCAAGGAGGAGGAUGCCGACCCCUUUGCGGACGACAACCCUACUUCGCCGGCACCACCGGCUGACCAGGAGUGGACGGACGUGAAGGUGGUGAAGAAAGUUACCAGUGGCAAGUACGAAGCUAAGUAAUCGACGCGCAGGUGCACCGAAUAUUUGAUAGGAAGCACGGUGAUGCCUAGGUGUGUGUGUACAUACAUACCCUUUUCAAGUGGUAGAUUUUGUCGUUGGCGGAGAAGCAGACCAAUUUACAUAGCGAGCGCAUGGCAGGAGAAGUUAAGAGACUACGCGCCGGACAGUACAUGUCUGGCGAAAUGUGGGGGGUCGUUUUAUUUCUUUUCACAUGUUGGAUUUUUCGAAGCCGAUGAUCUCGUCGUAGGUCACGUCUUUUGACGAUGGAGGCGAGUCUUUUCCCCCUCGGGCGGAUUAUGGGUAGCUUUGUACAAGUAUGACGAGUAAAAGGCAAGAUUCCCAGAUACUUUGCGCAUCCGAAAAGAGGAACGAGUUUUAAACAUGACAACACGAUAUGACGAUGCAUCGUGGAGAGAAGGCAAAGCGAAGCUGACAGGCGUGACAAGUUGGAAAAAGUAGCCCUUGUGUCAUUUGAGGUUUCAAAAGAAACCCAUUCAUCCAUCCAGCCCAGUAUUUGAACAACCCCCCAUACCGAUUCUUCGGGCUUGUGAGGCUAGGUAUCAUCGUGAUUUAAACAGAAAAGACAUUAGUACAAUCCAGCCUCCCUUGUCCUCGUCCCUCCACUGACGGCUAUGUUCCAGUCACUGGUUCCCGUUUUCCGCACAACAAAUGGAAUAAUGUGCAGGGAACCCCCCCCCCCCCCCCCCCCCCCCCCCCUUUCCGUUUCUCCAUCAUCCGUGUAUGUACACAUACGCACACGCCCGAAACAAGCAUCACGCCCGCCAAUCGUCGACGAUCGCUCGACUGC